AUGGCGCCCAAUAGGACUCAGCUGCAGAGUUUGGCUCAGGGUUCUAAAGAUUCGUUUAAAGAGUACACCCAAAGGUGGCGUGAGUUAGCCGCGAGAGUUCAGCCGCCAAUGAAUGAGCGUGAGAUGAUCGACAUGUUCACGAGUACCUUACCUGGACAUUACUAUCUGGCUUGCAGCACGUCUGCAAAUUUUGCUGAGAUGGUUAGAUGUGGUGAGCGUGUCGAAAUGGGCUUGAAGAUGGGAAAGAUACAGUUGGGUGGUGUUGCUAGUGGAAAGAAAUCGUCAGAGGGUUAUACCAGAAAGAAAGAAGGAAACACGGAUGCUGUGUAUGGGCGAAGUGGCCAAGGAAGAGGUAAUUCUCAAGUCAAUGUUGUUACCAUUCCUGUGCCGCAGCAACAACAGCAACAGGGGAAGCACCCUCAAUAUCAGAAUAACCAGUAUCGGCAGAGAAGGGAUAGAAAGAUUGAUCCGAUUCUCAUGACAUAUGCCCAGGUGUUGCAACAUUUGCUCAAGAUUGAGAAGAUCACUUUGAGAGAUGCUCUGAAUGCUCCGGAUUGUCAGUCUCCGAACUAUAAUGCGAAUGCGCGGUGUGCUUUCCAUUCUGGUGCUGCUGGACAUGAUACAGAGAGGUGUAUUGCAUUGAAGAAUAAAGUCCAAGACUUGUUGGAUCAAAAGAUUAUUCAAUUCACUCCGACACCCAACAUUGUCAAUAAUCCGAUGCCAACUCAUGGAGGUGUGAAUGCCAUUGAGAGUGAAGAGAUAAAUGUUAUAUCCGAUGUGGGCUGUUUGAUUUUUCCUCUUGUGUCUGUGAAACAGCAUCUGAUUAAUAGCGGCAUCUUCCCGGGAUGUGGUGUGGAUUGCAUGAAUUGCAAGAGUCAACUUGAAGGCUGCUUUGAUUUGAAGAGAAUGGUUCAGAGAUUGAUGGGCGAAGGUCCCCUCCAGUUCUAUAGAAGAAAGAAAGACGUGAAGGUUGCGAAUGACGAGGUGAUGGUAAUUGACAUUGCAUAUGAUCCUGUGGUCUCUUUCAGUAUUCAAGUGCCUAUUCAGAUACCUGUCAGUAUCCCAUAUGAGGAACAACCAGCGGCGUUGAUGAUUACCGUGCCAGGACCAGCUCCAUAUGAGAGUGAGAAGGUCAUUCCUUGGCACUACGGUUCAGACGUGUAUUAUUACGGUAUGAAGAAAGAGGAUGGGCCAUCUAAAGAGUUGUUUGUGGAGGCCGCAGUUACAAACACUAAUAAUUUUGCUGGUACUGGUAAAAUCACUCGUAGUGGUAGGGUGUUCUCCCCUCAGCUUGUACAAAACAAUGCAGAUGCUUUGGCUAAGGCCAAAGAAGGUCAUAGAGAUGCUCUCUUAAGAAUUCUGAAUGGCGCCUACGUACCGCAGGAAAUAUCUGUGAAUCAGUUAGAGGCGGUGGCCAAUAAUAUUUCAGCUGGAAAUGGUUUGGGGUUUACUGAUCGUGAUCUUCCUCUAGAAGGGAGAAACCAUAACAAGGCGUUGCAUAUUUCGAUGGAGUGUAAGGGAACGACUUUGUCCCGUGUUUUGGUUGAUACAGGUUCCUCCUUGAAUGUGCUUCCCAAAUCGGCUCUCAUGAGAAUUGACUAUACUGGUGUUGAGUUGAGGCCUAGUGAGUUGGUGGUGCGCGUCUUUGACUGUUCAAGGAGGUCUGUGUUCGGAGAGGUAGAUCUGCCAAUUCAAGUUGGUCCUCAGAUCUUUACCACAACUUUUUAUGUGAUGGAUAUUCAACCUGCUUACUGUUGUUUAUUGGGACGACCCUGGAUUCACAAAGCUGGUGCUGUGACAUCCACUCUUCAUCAAAAGUUGAAGUAUCCAAUUGAUGGUAAAGUGGUGACGGUUUGUGGUGAGGAGGAUUACAUUGUGAGUCACUUGUCUUCUUCCCGAUACGUAGAGAUCGAAGGUGAAAUACAUGAGACGCCGUUUCAAGCAUUCGAGGCCGUAAAUGCUGUGAGAACUCCUCUUUAUGAGAUAACGAAGCCAGAAAUGGUCAUGUCUUCCUUGAAAGACGCACAAGUUGUUGUUGAGACUGGAAAGGUGGAAGGCUAG